AUGCGCUACUUUCCACACGCGCAAGACUGCAGCGGCAGCCCUGUAAGUUCAGAGGGCACAGAGUACCGGCCCCAGGAGCCCAGUGAGAGUGCUGAGAGUGAGGAGGUUGCCCCCACCACUCGAAAGAGGAAAACAACACAGGAGGGAAGGCUGAGACAAUUAAAAUUUAGUGAAUUUGAAAAUGAGGCGCUAGUUGAGGGGCUAGUGCCAGUUUUCCACAUUCUCAUUGGCAAAUAUGCAACCAAAACCCCAACAUCAAGGAAAACCAAAGCUUGGCGGGACAUUACGGAACACGUGAACAGUGUAGGUGUCUGUGUCCGCAAUGUCCACCAAUGCAAGAAACGUUACCAGGACAUAAAAAGGUGCCUGAAGAAAAAGCUGGCAGAGGAGAACAGAUCAGGAACUGGAGGAGGGCCCCCUAAAAGGGUGCAUUACACCCGUUACGAGGAGCUGCUGAUGCCAUAUAUACACCGGGAGAGCGUGCGCUGUGUCUACGGCACGUUCGAUACAGACCGGAAUGUUGCCCAAGAUUCAGCUCCACCUGGGCCAAGCAGGCGCAGACCAACGGCAUCUGCUCCCGUUCCAGGUCGUUGCUCCUUGUCAGUGCUGGCCUCCCCACGCAGCGAUCCUGAAAUAGAAGGAGAAGGAUUUAGUGGGGAGGCAAGCGAGAGAGGGUCCCACGUCGGUGGCAGCGGCGUGGCCUUCUCCUCAGAUGAGGAGCCGGCUAAUAUUCCGGAUCAACAGCUCCCAACCCAGGCUCCAACCCAGGCUCCAACCCAGCAAGCUAAAAAUGCCUUUCAUCAAACUAUAACUAGGCAUCACAAAGCCCAUAUGCAAAAACUCCAUGUCCAACAUGUCGACUCGUGUGUGGCAACUAAUGCCUUCAAUGCAGCUCAGGCAAGGCAAGCCGCACACGAGUCGGCUAUGCUUGCUCUGCAACAAGACCUAGUAGAUAUCAGUCAGGCAAGACAUGCUGCACAAUUGCAGCAUGAGGCCAGGAUAGAAGCCAUGAUGGAACAAAGGCAUCUUGCUCAGUCACAACACGAGGUUGCCAUGUUGAGCCUGCAGGAGGAGAUGGUAGAGCUCAAAAGGCAAAAACUGGCUCUGUUGGCUAAAGAGAAACAACAAAGUGCUGCACCAAAGCCAACAGAGCCCACCAGCUCUACCAGCGCAGCUCCCCCUCCUGCAGGCUCAACAAGGCAGCUUCGCAAGCGAAAGUGA